AUGUCAUAUAAAAAAAAUGAAGGUCAUAUAUAUUUUGAUCUGAAGGAAUCAUUGUUAAAUUUUACAUUUAUCAAUAAGCAUUACAAGUCUCUAUAUGAAUCAUAUAAAAGUAAAUACGAAUUAGUUUUGAAUCAUAAUGUUAGAUUAGAGAAUAAAUUGCAAAAGUACUCUACUCCAGUAAUGGCAGAAAAUACGUGUUCAAGUGACAUAACUGGUACAGCUGAUACUGAUUCUAAUGUUGAUGAAUCCUUAAAACAAUUGUUAAAUUAUUCAACACCCAAACAUUUCCCUUUGAAUCUUCAACAUCAAUUCCUCGCUCAUCAUUAUAUUGCGACAGAAAAUAUUUGGGCAAAUUUAAAUUUGCGAUGUAUUGAAAAAUUUGGUAACCAGAAUUACAUAAAAAAUAAUAUUACUAUUUCAAAUAUAACAUGGGCCAGUAUGACAUUGCCAGCUUAUCACAGCUGGAAUACGAUGAAAGAUUAUUUUUAUUAUAUUGAUAACUGGAAUUACUGGAUGACAAAAAUUAAUAAUUUCUGUAAUAAUAAUUCUCAGACUGCUAAUAUUGCAAAUUCAGACUCUAUAAUAGGAGAAUUAAGCUAUCAUAAAACUAAUGAAAGUGUCGAAUCGAAUUCCCCUUCACAAGUGUUACCUGCUGUAGCUAAUAAAAGUGAUAAACUGAACGUGCCACCAGUAGCUAAUAAAAAUAAUGAAUUGAAUUCACCUCCACAAGUGUUACCGAUAGCUAAUAAAAGCACUGAUAAUGAAAGUAUCAAAUUGAAUUCAUCUAUACAAGCUCCACCGGUAGUAGUACCAGAAAAAGUAUCAGUAGACAGCAAGAUCACCCACAUUGAAAUUGGCAGAAAAAGUAUUUAG